AAAGACUUGUUGUGCCGUUAUACGUAUUUUCUAAUGGUGUUUAAAAUUAGUUUUUUGGGGGGCUAAGAGAAAUGUGUUAAUCAAAAAUAUUAUUCGUAUAUUAAACCGGAAGUACGAAGAUACGUUUUUCCUUGACAACCAACGACGCGUUCUUAGCAACUGCUUCAGAAUGGCAAAAAUGAUUGGUGCUAAGAAAUCAUUGUGGCAACAAGUCUGUGAAGAAUAUGAUUCGGAGCAGCCCAGUCCACCCAGCGCUGCUUGGACAGACAGUGGUUCAGUGAGCACUCAUGUCUCCCAGUACAGCGCCAGCAAGCACUCUCCUGUCUUCUAUGGUCUCAUGUCAGCUAAGGUUGCUGUGGAUGAUGAUCCUGUGAAGCAUGUUGACCCCCUUCUGAGCCACUCUGCCCUUGCUGGAUACUCUGCCUUGGACAAACCUCCCUCCUCCUGCCACAGACAGCCUCAGACCACACACCCUGCAUCCACUCCCCAGCUCCAUCAACGCCCAAUCACCCAGUUUCUGGAGGGGUCCGUGUUCCCAGUGCUACUGCCUGGACUGGAGGCCAUGCUGAGAGAGGCCCAGAGACAACACUGCCUGGAGAGGAAAAGAACAGCAUUCAACGCUUGUGACUUCCUAACUGAGUGGCUGUACAAUCGGAACCCCCGCCGGCAGGGACAGGCCCCUGUGGACUUCCAUGAGAUCCCAUUUGUCAAGGACUGGCUCAGGAUACAUCCCAGACCUCCCAUCCCUCUCUCCCUACUGCUGUCAGACCAGCAUGCUGCUGUUCUCAUCCAGUCCUUCUGGCGGGGCUAUACUGUGCGGGCCCGUGCAGAUGUGCAGGAGCUGCGCCAGUGGCAGAGGGAGCUUAGAGAGGAUAACCGUGACAUCACCAAAACAGUCCAAGAAUUCUGGGCUCACCAGGAGAGCCGGGUGAGCUCGGCCCUCAAUGACCUCAGGGGGGACUCUACCACCCCUCAGACCCCUCAGCCCGGCGCUGGGUACUCCAACUCAGACGUGUCCAUCCAGGUGGUCUCCCCCACCCCCCAGAGCACCGUGUUCCACACCCCCACCUCCCAGAUGAGUCCUGAGAGCACCGAGUCGCUGACCCCCAGCCUGCAGGGAGUAGAGGACCUGACCAGGGAGGAGAGGACACUAACUGACUCAUUGACCCUGCCCGUGGCUGCUGAUGCUGCCGUCACUGCUUUAGCCACCGCUAUGGAUACCUUUUCCCCAUCCUUAGGUAGCCACUGAAAGGCCAUAGAGGCUGAGGCAAUGUGUGUCCCAAAUGGCACCCUAUUCCCUAUACCAGAGCUUCCCAAUCCUGGUCCUGGAGGGCUGAAAUACAGUAGCUUGCAAAAGUAUUCACCCCUUGGCAUUUUUCAUAUUUUGUUGCCUUACAACCUGGAAUUGAAACAGAUUUUUUUGUGGGGGGGUUGUAUCAUUUGAUUUACACAACA